GUGUGACGCACCUCUCGAAUCUUCAAUGACUUGGGGGCCGGCUUCCCCACACUUCAACCAUAAAAUUCCGAUUCCGCAUGGAGCUUUGGGCACACCAUUCCCUGCCGCUUCUGGCUGUCGAGCCCCACUGACCCGAUGCCCGAACUGGAGCACAUGCCCUUGUCGACGAGAACUGGGUGUCGCAUGAACUGCCAAGCUAAGAUUUUGUCCUGUUGUGCUCGCGGGGCAUUCCUUACUCGCCUCAGCUCCCUUGCGUUAGCUGCUCUCACCAGUGACGGCACCUCCAACACCACCCACAGUUUCCAUAUCAAUCCCCCCCUCGACAUUGCUGUAGCCAGUUGGGCAUAUUGGAGGUCAUCCAUCGUGAGCGGAACGAAGGGGCAAAACUUUUACCGUGCCCACGGAUGGCCGACCCGGGGCGCGACGAUGACUUUCCGGACCUGUCGUCAUUCGACGACGAGUCCUCGGUGAUAUCUACACGAGGGCUUGAGGCAUUCGGCCGCAAAGUAACCACAACCGCAAGCCAUCUCAUUGCUCCGCGCUCCGAUCCCGCCUCGAAUCCCACGUACCACAGCGCCAUGAGCGAGGUUACGCGCCAGCUCCGGAAGCCCGCGCUUCAGCGAAGCGUGCUCUCGAUGGCCCGCACGACGCCGACGGACCUUGUGCGGUCACGUCUGUCGACCAAGGAGAUCCAAUCACGGGCUCUAGCAUACGUACCGGACGAACUGCUGAAGAACAUACCAGAAAGCGAUAGCUCGUACUCCUUGUUUCAGGGGUUUCAAGCGAGCUUUCCGGACUUCAACGAUGAAGGGAAGAAGCACCGGCGGCGCGUCUCACGAGGGAGAAAGUUGCUUGACGAAGGGCCCACGGUUCCAGACGGAACCCCUGAGUCGGUCCACAAGCUGAAGAAGGAGAAGGCGUCCAUGAUGCACGAGCUCGACAUGCUCAUGAUACGCAAGAACAUGGCCAGCAGCGAGAUCCGCGAGAUAGACGCCAAAAUCGAGAACUUGACGGGGAUGCGCAGGAUCAUCUUGGAGAGGCUGGCGAAUUUGGAGAAGGACGAGGCGUUGCUUGAGCAUGACAUGGUCGACGUUGAAAGCAGGCUGGAAGAGGCGCAGGAGCUGGCAGCCGAGGAGGAGUCAGUGGCAUUGCGGACACCCACGAAAUCCGAUGACGACCUGGCAUCGGAAAGAGACGACGCGGCGGGUUUUAUGUCACAGUCCAUCUAUGAGAAACUCCCCUCAGCAAAUAGCACUCCUUCGAAGCGAAAACCUCGAAACAUCCGCCGGAAAUCCAUGCCAAUCCUGCACGAGCACUUCGAGCCGGGCACCAUGAUUCGCUCACUACGCGCCCAUCAGGACAACAUCACAGCCCUCGAUUUCGACGCCCCCUUCGGCCUGAUGGUUUCAGCAGCUAUGGACGACUCCGUCAGGGUAUUUGAUCUCAACGCAGGUCGCUGCAUCGGCGUAUUAGAAGGCCACACGGCUUCGGUGCGCGCGCUCCAAGUCGAAGACAACUUCCUGGCAACAGGCUCUGUGGAUGCCACGAUCCGGUUGUGGGACCUUAGCAAGGCGCACUACGACCCGCAGGGCAGCGGCUUCGGCAAGGAGGAGGACGACGAGGACGCAAUCGCCUUCGAGAACCCAGACGACCAGCCCGUCGAUCCGCCCGCCGGCAGCAUGGCCGACUGCCCCUUAUUCACCCUGCAAGCGCAUCUCGACGAGAUCACGGCGCUGCAUUUCCGCGGCGACGUGCUUGUCUCCGGGUCGGCCGACAAGACAUUGCGGCAGUGGGACCUGGAAAAGGGGCGGUGCGUGCAGACGCUGGACGUGAUGUGGGCGGCGGCGCAGGCCUCGGCACUGUCGGCGGGCGAUAGCACAUGGAGGCAAACAGCGCGACCGGCGGACCAGUCGGCCGACUUUGUAGGCGCUCUGCAGGUGUUUGAGUCGGCGCUGGCGUGCGGAACGGCGGAUGGCAUGGUCCGGCUGUGGGAUCUGCGUAGCGGGCAGGUGCAUCGCAGCCUGGUGGGCCAUACAGGGCCGGUGACGUGUCUGCAGUUCGAUGAUGUACAUCUGGUGACGGGCAGUCUGGACAGAAGUAUUCGGAUAUGGGAUCUCCGUACCGGGUCAAUAUAUGACGCGUACGCCUAUGACAACCCUAUCACAAGCAUGAUGUUUGACGCUCGGCGCAUCGUGUGCGCCGCCGGCGAGGACGUGGCCAAGGUGUACGAUAAGGUGGAGGGCCGGCACUGGGACUGCGGCGCCGGCAUCCUCGAGGCCGAGCAGGGCAAGUCGCCCGCCAUUGUGGAGCGGGUGCGCAUCCGCGAUGGGUAUCUGGUUGAGGGUCGCCGGGACGGCGUUGUCGGGGUAUGGACGUGCUAGGGUAUGAGGCAUAAGAUCUGUAUAUAUGUAACCAUGUGGUUGUAUGAAAAUGGAUGAAGAGGGUAUGAACCAACGCUAGAAAUCCAACAGCGUAGAAAGAAAUGAAAAGACACGAUUUUCUAGAG